AUGUGGUGUAACGGCAUCUUCAGCGUGAGGGGGUCCAUCGACGCGCUUCGAGCUUUUCGGCAUCGAUCGAGGAGUUUCAGCGCUGAGAUUUUCGUCAGCAGUAGGUCUCCGUUCCUCUCUUGGUCGUGCCGUCUGGUGGCUUCAUUUCUGUCUAUGGAUCCCGUGCUGAUUGUCUCCUGACUGAGCCCUAAAUCGUCGUGGCGCGUGGCAGGGUUAUCAUCAUACACUACGGAAGAGGAUUUCAGAUCUACGUUUUCACCUUUUGGCAACAUUGAGGAAGGUAUAUCUUUCUAAUGAUUUGGCCAAUGAAUUUCAGAGUUCAGAUCAAAAUCUUUGUCGUGGUAUGCGUCAAUGUUUCUCCUUUUUUCUGUCGAGGUUUCCAUGAGCUUUCUUCCCUCUGUUGAUUUGCAUUUAUAUCGUUUCACAGUCAGGUUAAUUAGGGACAAGCUAACCCAUAGACCCAAGGGAUAUGGCUUUGUGAGGUACGAGUCAAAGGAAGAAGCUCAACGGGCGAUGAAGGCCAUGGAUGGCAGGGUAUCUAUCUCUCUCUGUGUGUCUAUCUAUCGAUCUAUCUAUCUAUCUCUCGUGUGUGUGCUAUUGGCUUUCAUUUUGGUGAUCAGCGGCCAUAUUUCUCUCCUCCGGUGACACUCUAGGGACCGAUUCUUUAUCAACUAGUGCAUACUUUCCUGAUUAAAACAUCUUGCCGCAGUCCGACGAAAAUUUGGCUAAGCAGCUAGAUGCUAAAAUUAUGUCAGCUUUACAACUCAAACUCCAUUUACAUCCGGGGGAACUGGCAUAUCCCUUUACCUGCAGGCCGAAUUCUCUGCUUUGUCGUCACAUGAACAACACGAAUAACAUAAAUGGGGUAAAUGCAGUUCAAUAGUGAUACCACAGCAAAAUUAUCCGAGUUAUUCGACCCAAAACCAAUUGGCAACCAGCGGGAUGGGCCCCGCUUUUAUCCACGAGAUUAAUUUUCUUAUCUACCAAAGCGAUAUUAUUGCAAGACUGAUCACUCCAUAUGAUAUGAACCAGAUCAUAUAUUCUAUGUGUUCCAGAUCAUUGAAGAAUCAUGGUGUCCGUUCAAAAGUCAGGAGUAGUCACUGCAGUGUGAGUUUCUUCAGUAAUCAUUUUCCAUCUAAGUCGUCUCAUGGUCUUGCAAAUCUUGUCUGUUAUCGACUAAGAUUUCCCAUUGACAUUGGAAAAUUGUGAGGAUCACUUAUCCAUUUUUUUCCAGAAGUUUGACGCACCUUGGCUGUAGAGAGUAAUUAUUUUGAAUUGUCCGUUGCUUUUGCAGGGGAUUGAUGAACUGGGGUCGUAAUGGAUAUAUAUAUUGGAGAAUUAAUUUUUCAGUGGCCCAUUUAUCCUUUGAGACGUUUAAUAUAUUCUCAUCCGCGGGUGCCACUACCAAUAUUAUGUGAAUUGAUAGAACUGCCCGAGAAAAUAAGCAAGGGCCAUUAAUGAAACACCAUGAAUGUUAUUAUUGUGUCUAAUCUGCUAGCUUCGGUUCUAGUCCGGUUUUUUGGAGCUUGAGAUUCCCCUGUAAUUCCAUCUCGUCUCAUGAUCUUUGAGCCUACUUAUUCACACUGAUUUUGUUUUUAUAUUACCUAGGGAAAUCACCCAGAGCUUCCCAUAUGAGUUGCUGUAAUUUAAUUCAGUUAUUAUUAUUAUUAUGAUCCUCAAACAUAAUCAUCAUGUAUUAUUUUUAGUGUUAGUCAUUGUCGCGUUGACCUCUGUCUCAUGUUAGCAGAUAGUCGAAGGAAGGUUGAUCUUUGUGGAAAUCGCGAAAUCUGAAGAAGGGAACACACCGUGA